GGUUCAGGCUAUAUGCUAAGUGCUCAUUCGCAAAUGGAGAAGUCGAUUUAGAAGAUUUGAGAAGAGAUAAAAUCAAGUUUUCUGCCCCGCAGUUUAAUGUUAAUAAUUGGCUGAACCAUUUGCGAUGACGAUUUCGAUGAGGGGCGAUUUCAAAUGAUUAAGGAGUCCUUAAGUGAAGUUCAAAUUUCGAAUAUUUUCAUAAAAUUCAAUACCAAAACGCAGCACAUCUACAAAAUUGCCAACGCAUUUUCAACAAAUGGCUACAUUGAUUUAGAACAAGAAAUUCAGAAGACUCUGAGUUCCUCUCAACUUUUAGCACUGCAUCCAUUGUUGUCCCAGGAGCAAAACACAGUUGACUUAGCGUUUAAACUUUCGUUAAAUGAGCUUCUUCUCACUAGCUGCACAUUCCUUAAAGUUACCAGUACACUGUUAACUGAUAAGGAAAUCAAUGUGUUCUUGAAACAUUGGAUGGCUGGACUGAAACCUGAACUCAAAUAUCUUAGUAUUGAAAAUGAAGAACAAGAUUUCGACCAAAGCACUAUUCUCAAAGGCAUUCAUUAUGAGUUUGCACCAAUUGAUCGAAAAUUUCUAAUGAUUUAUAACCAGUCUGAAGUCGGAGGAAUCGAUAUUUAUCUAGCACAAGGAAUCAAGGCAACGAUGGUUUUCGACGAUGAUAUUUUUGCGAUUCAAGUGGCUGUUCAUGAUUCAGUAUACAUUGCUUUCCUAUAA